AUGCCUGGAAACCUGUUACCCUUGGGGUCAGAAUCUUCCAGGACAGUUAGUUGCUACGAGGUACCUCCAGGCUCGGCCAAAGUCACUCCCAUCGCUGUAUCCCUGAGCAUCCUUCCAGAAAGCGCCAAUCCCCGACCUACCCUCUCUGCUCUGGGCGGGCUUGCAGAGGCCUCGCAGACGCGGUGUGGAGGCGGAGCCUGUGACUGUGUAGAUUCGGAGGGCAGCUCUGGAGCCCCGCAGCCCCCUGGCCGGGCAGGGCUCUCCAUGCAGCUGGUACUGAAGAUGGAUUCGAGCCCAGACAAUGACAGCUGGUUGGAGGAUCAGUGGGAGCGCUGGCUCACCCACGACAUCAGCCUGGAGGAGUUCGAGGAUGAAGACCUCUCAGAGAUCACUGAUGAGUGUGGAAUCAGCCUGCAAUGCAAAGACACAUUGUCUCUCCGGGUAAGGGCUGCAUCUGGAGAGCCUGAGUGGGGUCUCCAUAGCAACAGCGGUGAUUUCACUCUGGGCUCGGCUUACCACCCGGGUGAGGUCACUGGCCGUUGCCAAGGACGCCCCUCCGUCCGCGCCGCGCAGCCCCCGCGCACCGGGCUGCUGUCUGCGGGUGGCAGCGGCAACGCGGGGAGCCGGCUGCAGGCGGAGAUGCUGCAGAUGGACCUGAUCGACGCGGCAGGAGACACUCCCGGAGCCGAAGACGACGACGAGGAGGAGGACGACGAGCUCGCUGCCCAACGGCAGGGAGUGGGGCCUCCCAAAGCCGAAUCGGGCCAAGAACCGGUGCCUCGCAGCCAAGGCCAGGGCCCGGGCACGGGCAGCGGAGACACCUACCGGCCCAAGCGGCCUACCACGCUCAACCUCUUCCCGCAGGUGCCGCGGUCUCAGGACACGCUGAAUAAUAAUUCUUUAGGCAAAAAGCACAGUUGGCAGGACCGCGUGUCUCGAUCAUCCUCCCCUCUGAAGACAGGGGAGCAGACACCUCCACAUGAACACAUCUGCCUGAGUGAUGAACUACCACCCCAGAGCAGUCCUGUCCCCACCAAGGACCGAGGCACCUCUACUGAUAGCCCUUGUCGCCGCAGCGCUGCUACUCAGAUGGCACCUCCAAGUGGUCAACCUGCCACUGCACCUGGUGGCCGGGGCCACUCCCAUCGAGACCGAAUCCACUACCAGGCAGAUGUGCGGCUGGAGGCAACUGAGGAGAUCUACCUGACCCCGGUGCAGAGGCCGCCAGAUCCUGCAGGGCCCACCUCCACCUUCUUGCCACCCACUGAGAGCCGGAUGUCAGUUAGCUCUGAUCCAGACCCCGCUGUGUACUCCACAACUGCAGGGCGGCCACAUCCCUCCAUCAGUGAAGAGGAUGAGGGCUUCGACUGUCUGUCAUCCCCAGAGCGAGCUGAGCCACCAGGUGGAGGGUGGCGGGGAAGCCUCGGGGAGCCACCGCCGCCUCCACGGGCAUCACUGAGCUCGGACACCAGCGCUCUGUCCUACGACUCGGUCAAGUACACGUUGGUGGUGGAUGAGCAUGCCCAGCUUGAGCUGGUGAGCCUGCGGCCAUGCUUCGGAGACUACAGUGACGAAAGCGACUCUGCCACUGUUUAUGACAACUGUGCCUCUGCCUCCUCACCCUAUGAGUCAGCCAUUGGUGAGGAGUAUGAGGAGGCCCCUCAGCCCCGGCCUCCCACCUGCCUCUCAGAGGACUCCACCCCAGAUGAGCCUGAUGUCCACUUCUCUAAGAAGUUCCUGAACGUCUUCAUGAGUGGCCGCUCUCGCUCCUCCAGUGCUGAGUCCUUCGGGCUAUUCUCCUGUGUCAUCAAUGGGGAGGAGCAUGAGCAGACCCAUCGGGCUAUAUUCAGGUUUGUGCCUCGACAUGAAGAUGAACUUGAGCUUGAAGUGGAUGAUCCUCUCCUGGUGGAGCUGCAGGCAGAAGACUAUUGGUAUGAGGCCUAUAAUAUGCGCACCGGAGCCCGAGGUGUCUUUCCUGCCUACUAUGCCAUUGAGGUCACCAAGGAGCCUGAGCACAUGGCAGCCCUUGCCAAAAACAGCGACUGGAUUGACCAGUUCCGGGUGAAGUUCCUGGGUUCCGUCCAGGUUCCUUAUCACAAGGGCAACGAUGUCCUCUGUGCCGCUAUGCAAAAGAUUGCCACCACCCGCCGGCUCACGGUGCACUUUAACCCACCCUCCAGCUGUGUCCUUGAGAUCAGCGUUAGAGGUGUCAAGAUAGGUGUCAAAGCCGAUGAUGCUCAGGAGGCCAAGGGAAAUAAAUGUAGCCACUUUUUCCAGCUAAAAAACAUCUCUUUCUGUGGAUAUCAUCCAAAGAACAACAAGUACUUUGGUUUCAUCACCAAGCACCCUGCUGACCACCGGUUUGCCUGCCAUGUCUUUGUGUCUGAAGACUCCACCAAAGCCCUGGCAGAGUCUGUGGGGCGUGCAUUUCAGCAGUUCUACAAGCAGUUUGUGGAGUACACCUGUCCUACAGAAGAUAUCUACCUGGAGUAGCAGUGCCACCACCCUCUGCAGCCCUCUGCCCCAGGCCAGUACUAGGACAGCUGGCAACGGACAGGAUGUGGCACUGCCACAAGAGAAUGGGGGAGUGAGGGCUGUUUCGGGGGGGCAGGGGUAUGGGGAGAAGCAGAUGC